AUGAAAAACCAUAACGGGCAGCGCCUUGGGGGACGCCAGCGCCACACGGUGCCGCCGAGUGGAGUCCAGGCCAAGGUCGAAGACCGUCCACCGGGCUUGACGGCGGUGCGGGUCGCCCAAGUCGCGGAAUCUGUUUACGGACCCGUCGCCUUAUCGCGGUUCAGCUCUCGCUGGGAUGUCGACAGAUGCUAUUUAUCAAACGUCAGUCGGCAGCCGGGAGCGUUGAGGCGUAAUAUGUUGCUCGUUUGUCGCUGCGUCGGGUGCGGUGGCGCCAACAAAGCGCCGAUACGGAGUCGCGGACCUCACAAGAAGCCCUAUGUGGAGCGCACGGAGCACGGAGAAAUAAGUGUCACGACCACGGGUCAGCCGCUAUCAGGGGUCGCGUCAUAUUUUACCGCCGACACAUCAUUGAUAUCGAUGGGAACAUUGAAUUUUACGUGGCCGGCGGCGUCUCUUUCGCAACCGUCGCACGGUCCGGUUGCGCAAACGACCGAUAUUCGGACCUUGCCCAGCGACACUGGC